AUGCAUACCAUUGUGCAGCCAAAUGAAUGGGUGGCUGUAAAGCUCCCCAAUGAGAGCAUCCGGAUCAUCCAAGUCAUCCCCAAUACCACCAUCUCGCUUGGCAAAUACGGCUCCUUUCCAAGCAACCUCAUCAUCGAGCGGCCAUACCACCUCACAUACGAAGUCCAGGACAGACGCGACGACGAGAACUUUAACAGGUUGCGCGUCGUACCGGCCUCGGAGCUUCACGCAGACGUCAUUGCCGAAGAGAACGGCGAAAAGGCAGUGCCCGAUGAGUCGGCGGAAGGCGAUGCCAACGCCGACAAUGACGCCAGUGCCCCUACGUCGGCCAACGUGGUCGCCGUCGAAGAUGGCGCCGACUUUACCCUCGUUGACAAGGCCAGCGGCACCGUCAUCGCCCGCGAGGGCCGCGACAAGAUCGAGGCCGAGGCGCGGCAGCUCCUGACGCAGCAGGAGAUCGAGACGCUGAAGAAGCGCGACACGGACGGCGGACGAGACAUUAUUGCGAAGCUCUUGCUGUCGCACACGAGCCUCGAUGAGAAGACGGCCUUUUCUCUGGCCAAAUACAAGAUUCUCAAGAACAAGAAGUAUCUGAGGAGGUUCUCGGUGCAGCCUCUCUAUGCUUCGACACUGGGCCAGUUCGUCCUCGAAGAAAAGGAACCGAGCAAAAUCAUGGAAAUGAGGCACGAGGCCUUGGCGCUGCUCGGAUGCUGGGGCCAUGUCCACUAUGGCGGCGAGGAGAUUGAGGGCACUCCCAAGGUUGUCGCCAACAACGGCAAGCCCGUGGUCGAGGCGUCACAGCUGGGCGGCCGCUGGUUGGUCGUCGACGACACGGGAGGUCUGGUGGUGGCGUCCGUCGCCGAGAGGAUGGGCAUACUUCACCAAGAUCUCUCCCAGCACAAUGUCGGGAACGGCCUGCCCAUCCGGGCGACGACAACCCAAGAUGCGCCUCAGAGCGAUGCGGCCGACGCUACACCGGCCGAACUCACGCCAGCCGACACGCCAGCGGUGAGCACGCCAGCCGACGACGCGCCCUCAAAUCCGGCGACUGCCCCUGCCAACGGGACAUCGUACCCGACGAGAACAUACCGCGACGACUUUGAGAUUGACCUCGCCUCCUCCAACACCAUCACCCUGCUCCACUCAGCCAACCAGCCGAACCUCGCGCUCCUCAAGUACUGGAACUGCGACAUGGCCAACCCCACGCCCACGACGUCCUCCCACCCCCUGUUCAACCGCCUCUUCCCCCUCUCCUGGCUCCAGCUGAUCGAGCCCGAGUCGGACACGACGUACGCGAGCUUCACAGACGACAUUCCGGAAGAAACGCUGAGCGGCUUCAAGGCGAGCCGCCGCGGCAACUACCACCGCAAGCGCCGCCGAUGGGCCCGCACGCGCUUCAUCGUCGACCAGGCACGGGCCGGCGGCUUCUCCGGGCUCGUCGUCGCGUCGACCAUGGACCCCAUCUCCGUCGUCCGCGCCGCCCUGCCGCUCCUCGCCGGCGGCGCCCCCAUCUCCAUCUACUCGCCCACCAUCGAGCCCCUCACCCAGCUGGCCGACUGCUUCAGCAAGGCCCGCCGCGCCGCGUGGUCCAGCAACCCGCCGACAGACGACGACGGCGCGCCGCUGCCGGACCUGGAGAACUGGCCCGGGUCGGACGACUUUCCCAUCAACCCGUCGCUGCUCAUCGGGCCCAAUGUGCAGACGAGCCGGGCGAAACGCUGGCAGGUGCUCCCGGGGAGGACGCACCCGUUGAUGAUGGGACGCGGCAGCGCCGAGGGUUUCCUGUUCACGGGGUCCAAGGCCGUGCCCGCGGAGGGCAAGAUCGAAGCCCGCGGCAAGACCAAGCGGCGCAAGGUCGAGGCAUAG